UUGGAUAGAUCGGACUACAUGCUUCCUUUGGCUGCAGCGAUGGUUCAAGAAGACUUUUAUGAAAAAGGAAACUGAAAGUCGAGAAUAAUUUUGUACGGAUUUUAGACCGUUCAUUAAAAAGGCUUAUCAAAAACAAUGGCGGUAAGGGACACAAAGGGACGACAGGAUGUAUGGAUUUCUUUUAGUCUGGCUCUGGUGAUUCUGACUAACUUGGAAGGAAUAUCGGCUCAAAUACGUUAUUCAAUUCUGGAAGAAUCAAAAUUGGGAAGUCAGGUUGGAAAUGUGGCUAAAGACAUUGGAUUAGAGCUCGGCAGACUGACGGAGAGGAAUCUUCGUGUUGUGUCAGGAACAAAGCAGGAUCUGUUCAAGGUAAACCCAAAAGAUGGAGUUCUGUUCGUGAACCAGAGAGUAGACAGAGAGGAGCUGUGCGCAAAAAAUUCUCCAUGCAUCACAAAUCUGAAAGCAGUUGUAGAAAACCCCCUUGAGAUGCACCAAGUAAUAGUAGAGAUACUCGAUGUAAACGACAACUCGCCGAAAUUUCCCGAAGAAAACUACACAUUAGAGGUGCUGGAGUCCGCCACAGUUGGAUCUCGAUUUCAGAUGGAAGGAGCAAAUGACUUGGAUGUUGGCCUGAAUUCUUUACAGUCAUAUAAGUUGAACCAUAACCAGUAUUUUCGUCUUGAAAUCGAGGAAUUUGGGGAGGAAGGCAAGGUUCCAUUUCUUAUUUUACAAAGACCUUUGGAUAGAGAGAAUGCAGAUCAGCAUUGGUUACUGUUAACAGCUACAGAUGGAGGUAAACCAUUUAAAUCUGGUACUAUUAAUAUUACAGUUAUCGUAUCUGAUAUAAAUGACAACUCACCAGUGUGUGACAAACAGAAAUACACUGUAACAGUGAAGGAAAACGCACCAUCAGGAACAUUUCUGCUGACAGUGAAUGCAUCGGACUCUGAUGAGGGUCUGAACGGGGAGAUAGAAUAUUCUUUACGGAGUAAACUCAGAGGACUCUAUACUGAGCCCUUCGAUUUGAAUAGUAGAACUGGAAAACUAACUGUGAAGGGAGGCCUCGAUUACGAGGAAAAGCAGGUCUACGAGAUUAAAGUGCUGGCUGCUGAUAAAGGAGUCGUGUCUCUCUCAACACACUGCAAUGUGGUUGUGAGAGUGGAGGACGUGAACGAUAAUCAGCCUGAAAUUGACAUCACAUCCCUUUCAAGUCGCCUACCAGAGGAUGCUCCUCCUGGCACUGUGGUGGCGUUGAUGGGUGUGACGGACCUUGACUCAGGUGUGAACGGGCAGGUGGUCUGCAGUGUGUCUGGUCAUUUACCCUUUGACCUAAAGCAAUCCCCGGACGGACAGUCAUACUCUUUGGUAACCAAGGACUACCUAGAUAAAGAAACAACACCCAUGUAUCAUAUUACAAUAACAGCUAAGGACCUUGGAAGCCCCUCCCUGUCGUCUACGAAGGUGAUACAGGUAGAUGUAAUAGAUGUCAAUGAUAAUAGACCUUUGUUCACUCAAAGCCCAUACACUUUUUAUGUGUUUGAAAACAACAAAGCUGGAAUGUCAAUAUUUUCAGUAAGCGCAUCUGAUGCUGAUGGAGGGGAAAACGCUGCAGUCACGUAUUCACUCGACCAUAAGAGUCCCGGACCCACUGUUACCUCCUUUCUACAUAUAAAUGAAGCCAAUGGUACCAUUUCUGCGCAUAAAAGUUUCGACUUUGAAACAGUGAAAACGUUCCAGUUCCAAGUUGUGGCCACAGAUUCUGGAACUCCGUCACUAAGCAGCAACGUCACAGUGAACGUGUUCAUUCUGGAUCAGAACGACAACGCUCCAGUCAUACUGUAUCCAGUCAGCUCCAACGGGUCUGCUGAAGGUGUGGAGGAGAUUCCCCGCAAUGUGAACGCAGCACACUUGGUGACUAAAGUCAGAGCCUAUGACGCUGAUAUAGGAUAUAACGGCUGGUUACUGUUUUCACUGCAGGAAGUGACUGAGCACAGUCUCUUUGCUUUGGACCGCUAUACAGGACAGAUCAGAACACUUCGCUCAUUCACAGAGACAGACGAGGCUGAGCAGAAACUGGUCAUACUGGUCAAAGACAAUGGCAACGUUUCCCUCUCUGCAACAGCUACUGUCAUUGUCAAAGUCGUGGAGCCCAAAGAGGCUUUUGCUGCUUCUGAUGUUAAAAGUGCAACAAACGAUGAUGAGGAGACUAAUGUCACUUUUUAUCUCAUGAUAACUUUGGCCUCAGUUUCAGCACUUUUUCUCAUCAGCAUCAUCGUGCUCAUUGCAAUGCAGUGCUCCAAAUCCACAGACUACACUUCCAAAUAUCUACAAGAGACUAAUUAUGACGGGACACUGUGUCACAGCAUCCAGUACAGAUCUGGAGAGAAACGCUACAUGUUAGUGGGACCCAGAAUGAGUAUAGGAUCUACUAUAGUCCCGGGGAGCCAUGCAAACACACUAGUGCUCCCUGACAGGAGGAGAACUUCUACAGAGGUAAGAUUGUUGUGGCUAAUGUCGCAAAUAUUGCUAAUCGCCUGGUUGUAACCGCUGUCCAUGGUGCUGACAUGCUGAUGCUUUAUAUUGAC